AUGCAGACCAACGCAAAAAUUCUAGACAUGAAGGAUAAUUGCGGUGGGAAGCAACACUUGGAAGGGAACUACAAAGUUCACAAGGCCAUUAAUGGCAUAUAUAACGGAGGAGUAUAUUAUUACGAUGAACAUUACGCGAGCGUGAGAGAAGAAAAUGAUGCACCUAGUAAUCAAACACAAGAAUCGAACCACUCGUCAGAAGAUAAUUAUUACUCAAACAGUAUGAACGAAAUGAAUAAUUAUGAUUCUACCUUGUUAGUAGAUAAAGAUAACCAUGAAAAUGGUACGAGCAAUGAGUAUGAUAUGGAUACCUUGGAAAACGAAAUCGUAGGAAACAGAACGGAUGGUUAUGGAGCAAAUGCCUACGACUGUGUCGUCACAGACAACGGCAACCUUGUUGUCAAUAUGAAUGGCACUGUAAACAAUCAUAGUAAAUUUGUGAAUCCACAAAAUUUUGGUUAUGCAGUAAAUAUAGGAAAUAGUUCCUUGGGAAAUGUGGGCAUGAGCCAAAUGGGGAACACAAAUUAUGGCGACUUCAUCAACGGAAUGAGCGCCAUGAACACUAUGAACUUUAUGGGUAAUAUGGCUGUGGUAAACGGGAUGAGUGGGCUAAACGGUAUGCUGGGGAUAAACUGCGUUACGGAAGAGAAUGGGACCAACCAAGGAAGCAGCUUUUCCCAUAAUGAGAAUCCCAACUUCAUGAAUAGCCAUUUUUUAAGUAAGUCCAAAAUAUACAGCGGAGGAAGUAACCAUAUAGAUGAUGCAACUGUGGAGGGUAGUCAUAUGCUUCCUUUGAAUGGACACAUAGAUAACAAUAGCGCGAAUGGGAUCAUCAGUACGAACUUCCAAUCGUAUGCAUCUAUGUACUAUGGAAGGAAUGUGGCUAGCCAGGAUAACAUGAAUAACAAUUCCUACGAUGAUAACGAAAAUUAUUUGGCAAACUACGGAAGAAACGAUAUGACCAUGCAAGAUGGACUACUGAACGAGUCGUUCCAAGAAAAUAAUGAGGAAAUUAUGAAUAAAUCGUUGGAUGAUUAUUACGAGAAAGGCAAUGAGCAGCAUGGAUAUGUGCGAAAAAGCCAGGAGGGCACUCCGAGGGCGAGCUACCUGUCCUAUAACACCGCGUCCUAUGGCGCCAGCGACGUCUGGGGCAACACGUGCAGUAACAAUUGCAGUAAUAACAGUAGCGACAGUAAUGAAAGUUGCAAUAAGAGCGGAAAUAAGAAGAGAAGUAAUAACAACUAUGCCGUGUCUUCUCCCUACAUGAAUAAUGUCGAAGGUGCAUAUAUCGAUGGGAAAGGUGGAAGCUAUUCAUACGAAAUGGAUUCAAGCAACGGGUUCUACAUGAAAAGACAAAAUGGGAACAUGUAUGGCAACUACGUUAAUAUCAUGAACGGUAUGGGUAGCACUGUUGGUGGUGGGAACUUCAACGGUAGCCACUCGAAUGCCGCCAUGGUCCUCAACUGCAGCAACGAGAUCCAAGGCAUGAGCAAAGUAGGCGGGAACAAUUCCCAAGGGAUGAACACAAAUUCCACGGUUAGUCAUGAUACGGCGUUCCCGGUAAAUUAUGAAGAGGACGAGAACGACGAAGAGGAUGUUAGUAACGAGGAAGAAGGAAACGGGGUCGUUAAUGUCAACACUAAUGGCGCUAGUGGUAAGGAUGCACGAGGAUUGAUAUGCGCGGGGGAUGAAGGAUAUCCGAAGUACGCAGACAAGAAGGGCCAUGUACGCAUUAUGGGCACUACGUUCGACGGAACAGAGAAUGAACACGUAGAACAGGCAGAUUCGAUGUUUAAACCGAACAGGUUGAACCCCUUAAAUUAUAACUACGUCUCCAGACGAGGUAGUAGCUAUAGUAGAAGGAGUAGCACAACGAACUCCAUGAAUAUAUCCAGUAUGAACGAUUUGGACAACUCUCCAUCAUAUUCCAAUUGUCUUAAUAUAGUAAUGCAAAAUCAGGAGCAGGAUAUGCAGCACUUUGUUGAAAACGGAAAGAAUGCAUACUUAGAUCCCACGACGAAUGGAUAUAUCAACCUAAGACCUAACGCUAGUUAUAAUGGGGAUAGAACGGACUGUAGAAUAAAUGGGGUGAAAAUGAAAAAUAUAGAUUUCCCUAUGGACGUAAAGGACAAUGAUGACGAUGAUAUGGGUGACAGUAGAAUGGGUGGAAGUGUCCGAAUUGGCAACAACAGUACCAACAACAACAGCGAAAUGGAGCACAUGAACAAUAAAUCUAGGGAGAAGUUCGGCAUGUACGCACCAAAUGAUGAAGGGGUAUUCAAAAAUGGCAACUGUAGCACUGAACAGGUUAACUACGUUGAUAUGAAAAAAGGAAAUGGUGAAGACCACAUGGAUGAGUAUAACCAAGGGGCAGAAUACAAUUUGCACGAAUCGUAUGAUGCUAAUAUGUACAAGGGAGCAAUUAAGAAAGAGGAAUUGGAGAAAGAUAGCAAUUAUGUUAUGUACAACGGGGGUAAGGAUCUGGGCAACGGCAUGAACAACAGCAUGAACAACAGCAUGGACAACAGCAUGGACAACAGCAUGGACAACGACAUGGACAAUGACAUGAAUCGUGAUGUCGACUCCAACCAUCAGGUGAAUAACGUAGAAAAUUAUCCAAGCGAAUUAGUGGAUAACGCUCAAAUGACAAAUGUAGGUACUUACGAAAAUGGACAUAAUUUAAAUCUGGAUAAUGGGCAUGCGAUGUACAAGGUAGAUCAUAAUGUUAAGUUGAAGGGAGGAGGGAUGCCCAAAACUGUGGGUCCCCGAAAAUCACAAAGCUAUCUGAAGAGUAAAAAUUACAUAAGGAAAACAGCCGUUGCUGAUAAUAUGUAUGAUGACCCUAACGAGGACAUGAACAAAUCCAACAAUUGUGAUUCUUACUAUAUGAGGAACGCAAGAUCAAAUAAUUCACUCUUUCUGCGUCAAAAUGGGAACCAGUCCAAUAAUGACCUUUGCAACGGGAUGAGUUAUGAUGGGGGUAAUGUUAAUGGGAUGUCCACAGAGGAAGGUGUCCUUCCAAGCGCUACAAGUGCAGCGGCUGGAGCAACAUCGGUCGCUUCUGCGAGUGGAGUUUCCAUGACGGAGUACAGGAACAACAUGAACUAUUUCGAAAACGUAAACAAGAGUAUCAUGCACAGUGAAAACGGUUACGAUUAUAUUAACCAGCAACCUGGUGCACAUAGCAGCUACACGAACCCGUGGAUGCACCGAAUGAAGGGUUACGCGUCUGACCAAAAAGUACAGUCUCUUAUGAACCUUAACGGAUGUUACGGCAAUAUGAACGGUAAUAAAUAUCCAAUGGCGCAUGUGAACAGUCAGGGUAAAAAAUCUAUUGUUCGUGGAUAUAGCAAUGUUUGCAACAUGAUGAUGUUAGGAAAAAAUAUGGAUGAUGGCACUCAUGCCAAUAUGAACGGUGUGAGUAACAUGAACAGAGAGGAGAAUGAUCAUCAUCUAAUCGAUGGAACGUGUGAUAUGAACAACAUGCGUCUUCGGAAUGGACAUCACAGUCGUAACAACUUUAACGCCAUGGACCUUCAAACUAGUCAAGGAGAAUUGAACACUUUGAAUAAUAUCAUCUCCAUGAAUGCUCAAAAUUCUCUAAACCAUUUUAACAUGCUAGUAGUACCUAAGAUUAAGGGAGUCCGUUUUGACAAAUCAGGGAGGAGAUGGGUGGCUAGCUGGAGCCAAAAUGGAAACCAAAAGAGGCAAUAUUUUCCUAUAAAGAAAUUUGGCCAGACGCAGGCGAAAUAUAUGGCUAUUUUUGCCAGGAUAAGGGCUGUGAAGUUCAUGCAGAAGAGGCCUCACGGGGCAUCCGAGAAUAAGAGAAAUCAGUGCAGGAAAACCUCCAUGAAGGACAGAGCGAAGAGCGAAUCGGAGGACGAAAACAAUGAGUAUUACGACGAUGAUAACGGAAAUGACGACGAUGCGCUGGAUGAUGUCGAUGUCGAUGUGGAUGGUGAUGUCCAUGUGGGUGGCGAUGUCCAUGUGGGUGGCGAUGUCCAUGUGGAUGGCGAUGUCCAUGUGGAUGGCGAUGUCCAUGGAGAUGGUGAUGUCCAUGUGGAUGGUGAUGUCCAUGUGGAUGGUGAAAGGGAAUUUGUCGACCAAGGUACCUUUAACUAUGGAAUGCACACCUGUACCGAAGAUAACGAGGGAUUCUACAACCAAGGUAUGACGAACCAAGCCCCAAACGAAUCGGGCGAUGAAUCUGCGCUGAACAAUUACUACGGGUACCCAGGUGGAUCAGGGGGGUCAUGUGGCCUGACACAGAAUUACAUCCCCAUUAACAGUAACGACGGCGCAGACGAUUUGGGGGUUCAUAAUUUUGAGACGUGUGUACCUGUGGAAAUAUCCGAAAAAAGUGUUGAUGAAGAGGUCAACGGAGCGGAAAAUGUGUGUAAUAAUGAGGAGGAUGGGAACCCAAACCAGGCCAGCAGAGCGACCGAUCGCACCAUUAGCAGUAACUGUAAUAACGGAAAUGGGAACCAAAUGGCUUAUGAGAAUGUCAAUUCCGAAUCAAUCUGCGCCGAGGGCGUAGGAAAUCAAGAGCUGCAAUAUAUGAAAACAAAAUAUGAAGUGGGGGAUGAACAAGUGAUAGCCUCUGAGGUGCAUACAGGAGGAGAUGCAAAUAUAAAAGAAUCAGCUUCCCCCCAAAUGAGCGUGUCGAAUUGGGUGCGAGGGUAUGCUAUGAAAUUUGGGCUGUGUGCAGAGAAUACCAUUUCGAAGGAAGAACAUCGCGAAGACAAUAACCCUCGAGAGGGUACAAAUAGGGAGUACAUGAAUGGAGAUUCCAUCUUAAGUGGUGCCCACUGUACUGACGAAAAUCCGGACGAAGCAUCUGGAAAGGAGAAAAUGGACAAAUUUGAUGAGGAUGGUAACGGGUCGAAUACAACGAACUUACACCCCAGAAGUGACGAUCACCCAUUUUGUUUAUAUGAGAUGGAGGAAGAGGUGAAACAUUUUCCAGGUAGGUCGGAUGAUGUUAUACAGACGUGUGGGCUGAAUGGAUCAUUGGAUGGGGAGGUGUGUCACCAAGGUGGAGAAGGUAAUGACGAAGCAGAAGGUCAGCAGGAUGACAACCUUGAGCCGGAAAACUGUGAAGAUGGCAAUGGAGGGAGGAUUGAUCGAGGAAAUGUGCACGUUGAUGACACGGAGGAACACCAAAUGAACGACGAGGAUGGGGCAGAAGAUGGAGAAGACCGCCAUGAUGACGACUCCGAAACGGACGGCGACCCCCCGAGCGGAAUGAAUCGUGCAAUGGAGUGUGAUCGUGUCGUAAAGGACCAGACGCAGGGGGAAGAAAAUGAAGUAAUUUUAUUGAACGUAAAUUUGAUCGAAAUGAAUGGAAUAGUCGACAUAGAAAGAGCAAAGAAACACAGAAACAACGUAGAUGAAAAAAUAAGGAAUCUCUUCUUAAUGGUGGAAAGAUGGAAGAAGAGAAAGGAUGAAAAAAUGUGUACAGAUGCAAAUGAUAAAUCAUUAUUGAACAUAACGAAUGAAAUGACAAAACAGCUGAUGAGUAAGUUGUAUGAACUUAAUGAGCUAAACGAAAAUGAAAGAAUGAUUCUGUUCACACAGUUGAAGGAAUACUACCUUAGUGAGAACAACCUAAUUUGCCAUAGAGAAAACAUCAAACUGGGAAUGCGUAAAAAUGGAAAGAUGGAAAAUGUAAAUGAUGAACAGGGUAAAGAGAAGGGACAAUUUCAAAUUGAAGAGAAAAGCGAAUCGUACUGUGCCGAAAAUGCAUCCAAUGAUAUGUGGAAUGUAUACAAAUUUAAAAGACCAAGAAUUGAUGCAUGUUCGGCCGCAUUCGCUGCUAAUAUGGAAAAGUCGACCCAUUCAAUCGGGAUAGGAUGUUAUGACAAAUUAGAUAGAGAUGGUUCCUCGGGUAAAACUUUGUAUGUGCAAAGUUAUCAACCUGACGGAUAUGGGGAAUGUGAUAUCGACUUGGAAUUAACAAAUGAGGAGAUAUACGGGCAGACAAACGAGGAAGCGCAAGAAGAGACAGAUGAGUCCACGUUGAAUGAUAAUGGACCACAUAAUCAGAUGAACACAUACCAUGGAAAUAAUGAAACCAUGUUCCUUCGUGACGAUACGGAUGGGGAAAUAACUUCCUGGGUCACUACGUCGGAGGGGGAUGAUGCUUCUUCUGCUCGAAUCCUUAACCAUCAUAUCUCUGCAAUCUCAGACGAUGUGCAAGAACAUGGAGAGCACAUAGAUUGGAGCGGUGAUGGACUUGUGGAUAGUACGUAA